AUAACUCAAGAACAGAAUGCAGAAUACAUUGGCGAGAAUGCAGUUUCUGUGUACAGAAUAAGUCUUAUUCAUUGCUUCAUUAUUUUAUUAAACAUAUCCGACCAUUAAACUAGUUGAGCAUUAAAGAGUUUAGAAUUAGAUGCGUUUUCCUUUUGUGCGUAGACCCACAGUACAAAAUCCACACCGCGAGUGUUUUGUUUAGAUUGUACAAGUAUUGUCCAGUCCAGUAAAAUGUUUAAGUGGGCUCAAUUUGCGCUUUCUGUGGUUUUGGUAAUAAAUGUCCAAGUUUGCUUGGCAUUUUUCGAUGUCGCAUCAAUCGCUAGUAAAGCGUUUUCCGGCGUAAAGACAACGUACUCGUUUGUGAAAGAUUCAACGUAUUGCUCCUACACAGAGUGUUGUUCCGAUGGAUACAUUAUUGCGGAUGUGGCGGGUUUGAAGAAUGCAUUGGAUGACAGGUUGUUUGGGCAACACAUAGCCAAGCAAAUUGUGGUAGAUGCGAUUGGUGGACACUUCAAGCACAUUCAUGAGUCGGAAAAGCCACUAGUGAUGAGCUUACACGGCUCACCUGGAACGGGGAAAAACUACAUAGCAGAGCACGUUGUACGUGCGUUGUACAAGAAUGGAGCUAAGAGCAAGUACGUGCACAAAUAUCUUGGAAGAAUCGAUUUCCCGUUGCAAAAUAAUGUAGAACUAUACAAGAUACAGCUAGUGAAUGAUAUCAAACGCGCUGUUGCAACGUGUCCCAAAUCCUUAUUUAUCUUCGAUGAAGUCGAAAAGAUGCCGGCUGGGCUGUUUGAUUCCAUCGUUACGCUUCUCGAUAAUCAUGCGUACACCAAAGAGCUGGAUUUUAGGCAAUCUAUCUUCAUCUUCCUAUCGAACGUGGCGGGUCCCGAGAUAGCAAAAAAGUUGAAACAUCUUCUGGAUUCGGGCGUUUGGCGUGAGCAAUCAAAAUUGCACGACUUCGAACAAACGCUAGAGAUUAGCUCGUACAACCUGGGCGGAGGGUUGUAUCGGAGUGAAAUGAUUGAGUCGCAUGUGGUCGAUCAUUUUGUACCAUUUUUGCCUCUAGAACUUCGCCACGUUGAAAAGUGUGUCCAGCAAGAGUACCUUAAGUAUGAUAACCAGGGAAUGCUUGAUGAAAGUUUCAUGAGGUAUGCAUUUUAUGUCCCAAGCCAAUGCGAAGGUGUGAAGCUCAUAUUCCUUUUAUUUAAUUGCAGGGAUGUGCUGAAGGAGGCAGUUACGUUCGACGAGACUGGUUUAUUCUCUAACAACGGUUGCAAACGGAUAAGUAAAAAAGUGGAAUCGAUGUAUUAUAACAGGCUGCGGAAACGUGUUCAUGGAGAUCUUUAAACUCAACGUAGAGCCCAAGUCCUUAAAUACCGACUGUUCUUUAUUUAUCUUCCCCCAAGGCUACUUUCUCUUAACACUUAAUCCAGGUUUCGUUUGAGGCGUUGUUUUGUGUUUUAUUAAUAAAUUAAUUUAAAGUUAUUCUUCUGAUCA